CCCCCCCCCCUUUUAACUGCCAAUAUCUGUGUCGCAGUUAAGUGUCUGCAUGGGGAGGGACACAGCUGGGCGGAACGUGCAAGCUGUGUGUGUAUGUGUGUGUACGUCUCAUUGUCGCUCGUGCGACACAGUGGAGUGUGUAGCGCUAAAAGCACAGUCAACUACAUUGGAAUGUAAAAAAAAAAACUACUUAUGUGCAUUCGAAUGGGAUACAUAAUGAACUUGACACUGUGAACAUUCUAUAGAUUUGUUACAAUGACGUCUGCUAGAGUGCCGAACACUAGUCUUAACGAGGGCACGCCUGAUGCCGGGGAUGUCGUGCUGAGAAAUCCAAAGAAACUCGGACAGUUGAGCUUUCUGAAGGAAGAGAGUGGCGGCGGGAAACCAGGAGAGAAGAGAGUCAAAUGGAGUGAGUCGACAGAACUCAGAGAGAAAAUGAAAGUGUACAGGAGAAGUCAGUUGGACAUACCCCUGGAUUAUCAUCAUAUCGCAUUAGAAGAGAAAAGGGAGAAAGAGGGAGUAAAAGAAUGGAGGAGCAGCUUACAUAAAGAUGAGGAUGACGAUGAGGACGAAUUGCAACAGUCAGAAGCACAUGAGACAGCUGUCUUGUCACCAACAGAAGUCACAGAAGUAGCAGAGAGUGAGAGUGAUUCAACUGACACAGAAGAACGAGUUUCUUCAGAUCAUGUAGAUCUGGACAUGAUGUUACAUGUGAUCAAAAUAAAAUCCACAAAAUACACAGUCUACCCAGCUUAUUGCGCAGCUAUAAAAACGUACCAAGAAUGGUUGUCGGACAGUAAUAACACAAAGAAUCUACCCCAAGACACAGUGACUAACAUGAGAGCCCAGCUUGACCUAUAUAAGAGUGCAGUGUCCAAGUAUGAGGCAUGGGCAGACCACAAUGACAACAAGACGGCUUGCCUCAAGUAUGAAGAGAUCAGUUUAGCUUUAAAGAAAGCUUCAGAUUUGGGGCCACCACCAGAUGCAGUUACAAAAGCACUAAAUGAUACAUUGAACAAUGAGGAAAACUCUCAGAAGCAAGUGAAGGUGUAUAAUGAAAUGGUGCAAGAGAUUAUAAUGAGCAUUGACUCUGUAGAAGUGUGAGACUCAACCCUAUGUGUAGUUUGUUGCAAACGUCUGAUGGUGUGUUUGCAGACGUGAAGAUGUGAUUGCAUGGGAAGAUCAUACAGCUUGAGUAUAUGUGUUUGGGUCCUUGUCAAAAAAGGUUUUACUCUGCACCUACUGGCUGAUAAUUUCAGAUUUGCCUGGUAGCAAUCUGUGAGACAGGCCUAACCUUUAAGAAGUGCAUAUUAUUUAACUUUAAAAGACAAUAAAAUGUAUGUAACUAAAAAGACAUAUUCUUUUUUUUAAGAUGUCACAUAAGUAAUAAGUAAUAGCAGGAUUUAUUGUUAUUUACCAUUUUAAAUAAAACAUUUUAAUAACAAUAAUAAUCUCCUUUAUUUUGUAUACAGAUUAGCAGUAACAGAAAAUUAGUUUGUCUUUUAUUAUAACAUUACUAAUUUGACUUUGAUGGUAAAGUGUUAUAAAGAUAAUUUUUAUAUGACUUGCUUCUAAGUAUAAUAUUAUUGUUAUACUCAUUUGUGAUGAACACGAGUGUGGGAUGUGUUCAAUAAAUGAACUUAAUGGAGGCUUUUAAACUUUGAACACAUUCAAAAAAUACAGGUUUCUGUGAUGAUGUACUUAACUCAUAGAGUAAAAUAAUGAUUCUUCUUCUACUUCUAGCCAGAUAUUUUGCUGUUGAGAUCUCUCAAUUUUGCAGUAUGUGACAUGAAAAAAUAUCAUGCUGUUCUUCUCAGCUACUUUGUACUGCCAUAACAGAGUUGAUAGUGCUGUGUUGUUGAGGAAAUAGCCUAGGGCCUAGAGCCUGUUUGUGGUGAAUAAUUUGGAACAUUCAUAAAUAAGGCAUUGUCUCCGAAUUCCAAAGAGUAAAGAAGAGUGCUGAAUAUUAAUGAGGCUAAACUGAACACAUUGGAAAAAAUGUAAAAAAAAAAAAAGUAAUCAGAUAAAGCAAUCAGUAAGGAACCAACAAUUUGAGCAAACAAUAACAUCCAUCUUUGGUUUAGUGAUUUGACCAUUUUUUAAGAUCCUAAGAGCUUGCAGAUACCUUGAAGAUACUGUAGCUUUAAAAUGGAAGGGAGGCAUGACAGAAAACAACAACAUUAGCAUGAAAGACAAUACAAAUAAAAUGGACAGGUGUCCUAUUUGUCGAGACUUUCAGGAUAGCAGGAAGUGGAUAGAAAAACUGAUUAUAGGACAUUUAAUGGUGUUCAAAAAUCUGUUUAAAAUACAUUAUAUUCUUUAUCUAUUUUGUUUUCGCUGUCACAAUAAUAAGCAAGAGAAAAUAUAAGUGUUUUUAUUAAGUAAAGUUUUGGGAAUAGAAAAGGCGUUUCUAAGUGUUUUUUUUUAAUUUCAUUAUACUAUGUGUGGGCUUAGCUGUUGGGAGCUAUUAUUAUUCUUUUUUUUUUUUUAUUGGUUCUCAAUAAUUUAAUAAUUGUUGCUUCUCAAUAAUUUAAUAUUUGUUCUGUAAGUUCUGCCUAAGCUACUAGUUUGUUGUUUUUAAAUUGCUAGAACAUUUGUUUUAAAUCUCGUAUGAAAUCAUAUAAAUGUGUCAAAUUGUCAGGCAUUUUUAAGGCAGCUUCAAUAUGUUCUAGAUGUAAGUUCUCAUCUAGCAUGAUAUUAAAACGUCUUCAACUCCA